AAUUAAUACGAAGUGGUGUUUUGUGGUUAAUGAUCGCAUUAAGUUAGUCGGAAGACAUUCGCGAGUGUUAUUAUAUUGGAGUAUUCAAUAAACAAAGUGUAUCUGCCUAUUUUCGCUUCGUGUCAGGAAGCCGCUUCAUAACUCAAAAGUUUAUGCGGACUUUUGAGUUAAUUCGUUUGGGGUUCGGAGUAGGAGUCUACUCCGAGGGUGGGGGCUUAGGUUUCAUCAUCAUCACCUUUCAUCAUUUCAUUAAUCAUCAAGAAAAAAAAUACGUCAGACAUGGCUGUAUGGGCAUAGUUCCCUUUGCCUUACCCUUCGGGGAAAACCAAACCAAAAAAAAAAAAAAAAAUUGACUUGACAUUUGUUCAGUAUAUUUCUUGAAGGUUAUUAUUUCUUAUUUGUAUAUUUGAUCCUUCCUCUAAGAUUUCGUACCUAAAUAUAUACAAAUUAUAAUAUCUACAAUGUCAGCUGCAAAUGCAGCUCCUAUUACUGCCACUGACAGUUUAUCACAGGCAUUGAAAGCCAAUAUAAUUCCUAAUCAGGAGUACUUACUCCAGGGUUCCGUCUUAGAUUCUGCAGUAGAAGUGCUACUUCACCGACUACGUGGUUUGUGCGAUAAUGUAGAUGCUGGUCCAGAAACAUUUGAUGACCAAGAAGUUUGUUUUAGUUUGCGAGACCCGAAUCAACAGGCAGCACCACUGAUGUUACGUGUUCGUAAAGCAUUGGAUGCACGAGACAUGCCAUUUCAACUACGAUACAUUGGACAGCCAGACCUCGGAGACAAGAAUCGGCCUACGGUGGUGCGUUCCAGUCUGGACAUUGCCUGUAGUGGCAUGCUUAUUGAAUUUCUAAAUGAGCUUGGGUGUCGUAUUGAAUUUGAAUAUAGUGUCAAAGGAUACAUGUUCAGAAAGGGACGCAUGAAGAUCACUGUAGCCAAGGUGUUCAAAAUCUCUCAAAGCUCCAUGCCUCCAGAACCCAUUUCACAAAGUUAUCUAGUUGAAUUAUCUGUGUUGGCCCCCCAAGGUCAGGACGCGAUCGCAGAAGACAUGCGCGUGUUCGCGGACCAGCUACGGCCACUCGUGCAACUCGACAAGAUCGACUACAAACGGCUAGGACACAUGGCCGUCACAUAGCCCCCGUUCAUACCUUAGGCGUAAGCCAGACAGAAGAAGAGCACGUGCAUUCCGUGCGCCUGUGGCACGCUGCAAGUACUAAACUCAAUAUACUUGCACGCCUGUGCCAUUCCAGUCUGGCCUGUGCCUUAAACUGCCUUAAUAUUUCAAUAAAGUGACAGAGUAACAUUGUAGUGAAACUAAAUAUUUGCAAAAUAUUGUGAAUUUGAGACCAAUACAAAAUCAUGAAGUCGUGAUCUAUGUGAGUAAAGAAUUGCAUUAUUUUUUAAGAUGUAAAUCAGCUCAUGGUGAGAAUUAGUAUUAUCAAAUAUACUAAAUUCACUAUACAAUUAUUUAUACAGACUGUUAUGAUAUGUAAUGUAGUCUUGUACAGUUAUAGUUAAUUGUAUUAAAUCUGAAAUGGAUGUUGCAGUCUUGUAAAAUGGGUAGUUUUCAAAUUAUGAUAAGUCCUUUUUAAAAUAAGAAGAAUAAGAAUAAAAUAAAUUCUCAUAUUUAA